GUGAAGAUUCCACUUGCUUUGGCCUCCGCAAGGAGAUUCGAAAACACUCUUGUCGAGACUGAAGAAGAUGGCAAGAUCUUUUUUGUUUCGAUAGCUCGUCCCGAGAAGCGAAAUGCGGUGAAUGCAGAGACUGCUAAACAACUUUCAGAAGCGUUUCGCGCUUUUGAGAAUCACGAUGAAUGUUCAGUGGCCGUCUUCUUCGGUAAAGGUGGCUCAUUUUGCGCUGGUUAUGACCUUCAAGAAUUGUCAGAGAGGGAUCCGGAAAAAUUCUUAAAAUCAGUGCCUCCGGUCGGAGAAGGUGAUGCACCCAUGGUAAGUAAAGUUUCGCGAAAAGUUCAAGCUUUUUCAGAGAAUCGAAAACAAGCUUGCAGAGCAUUAACGCUUGACUUCCAGAAGAGUUAUGGGAUUAAAGUUUUUGUACCUUAUUUACUGCUUUUUCUUUCGCCCAUGACUCUGUUUAUCGUUGCAACUGCAUAUGUUUGCCCGUUGAUGGCCAUCGUGCUUUUUUGCACGUCAAGUCCCAUGUACAGUUGUGUUUUGAUAACCCAACGCACGUGCACGACACGCGCGCGUGUCGUGAAUCGCUUUUUUCGUGAGCAGGAUGUGACUUUUAUUGGCUUAUAAUUAUUUCCGGUCAAAAGAGAAGCAUGCAUGCUGUACAGGUAUUUUGAUCAACGAUUCAUCAUGUUCAUGAGAGCGUGCGUGUGGCAUUGGUUGGUGAACAGAUGCUUACUACAUUCUCAGCGGGAAGUUGAUUAAUUCUUGUUGUUAUGAAAUGCAGGAAAAUCCAAACUGGUGGUCAGUUACCUGCGAAAUAAAUCUAGAGAUUCCAGUUUGGAAAGUAAACAGAACAUGGUGUGUUGGGUAAUUCCAGUGGAAAAUUUUCCAGAUCAGUGGAAUUACCCAACAUUAAGAAAUUUUGCUAAGUUUGCAGAGCUCUAGGAAACGUAACAUUCAAAUGGGUGAUUCCAGAAAAUAUCCUCACCAUACCAUGGACGGCGUCUAUAUUUUAGCGUUAAUUUAAAAAUUGCAAAAUCGACGCUGUUCAAAAGGAUCGAUUUUCCAAUUUUUAAAUUAACAUUACUUAAGUAACUACGCUGCACAGGGAUUUUAAUCUUUAUUCCCUAUUUAAACCUCUCCCCUUCCCGCCUUGCCCUCAGAAUUUCCAAAAUGGGUUAUCCCGCUAUGCCAUCCGAAUUCCAUAAUCAUUAAACCCCCCUCCCAUUCGGAUUUUCCAUUUUUUCGUCAAACCCUUUAGAAUUCCUGACAUUCAUUAAGACUUCAGAAAUUCUGGAAUGAAACUUAAAAAAAAAUAGAAGUUUUCUCCUUAUCUCUGUCCAACAGAUGCAACCUACAUUUCCUUGCUUCCUCUUUACUCAUUAAGCAAACCCACUUCCCCCUCCUCCAUCCAUGGUCCCUCCAUGUUUAAUAAUCUCUCUCUCUCCAUGUUUUAAGGGCCCUUCCCGACUGAAACUGAGCAAGCCAGUUAUUGGGGCAAUAGAGGGGCAUGCAGUCGCUGGUGGAAUGGAGCUGGCUUUGAUUUGUGAUCUCAGAGUGGCAGCAGAAAAUACUGUCAUGGGAAUAUUUAACAGGAGAUUUGGUAAUAUUCUUUUUAUAUAAAAUGUUGCUAAAAAAGAAAAGUUUCUUAUUGUUAGAAAAUAAAUCACUGUUAUGAUCAUUAUCCUUUAUCACCUUGAAUGGCAGUAAAUUUAUACCUCAUUGCUACUUAUUUUUGCAGGCACUUAAUUUUGCAAAAAUGCAGGAGACAAAUUCUAUGAGUCUUAAUUCAUAAUUUGGCAGGAAUAUUGUGCCAUAAGGAAUUGUGCAAAAAGGCAGUGUUUUUAUAAAUUGGGCUACCUGUAACAAAAAAUUAAACAGUUUUAAACUAAAUGUUUUGGGACUAAAUUUGCCUUUUACUACAAAGAACAACAGAAAUUAAGUUCUAGAAAUUCUUAUAGCAAAAGUAUCAACUUUUUAAUUAAUGGAUUUUAGGAAAGGAGGAUACAUGUAGAAAGGGUAUCAAAGUUUACCUCGUCAGUUUCUUGAAGUUUUUUUCCCUCAUAUAUUUUAUUAUUGUUGUGUUCCCUAUUAUCAAUCACCAAAACGAUUAUCUACAGCUGUACUAGGUAAUAACACAUGGGGACAACUAAAUUUUCCAAAAGGACCCCAAGUUCUACAAACAACAAAAUUAGUCUUAUACAACUUCAGGUGUCCCACUCCUGGAUGGAGGAACUGCCAGGUUACCAUACAUUGUCGGCCUGUCACGUGCUUUUGGACCUCAUCAUGACUGGCUCAUUCGGCCUGUGAGUGCUCAAGAAGUCCUACAGUAUGGGACUGGUCAACCUGGAGUAGUCCCUAAUGGAAAAGCUCUAGAUGAGGCCAUUAAACUCAGGUGUCCCACUCCUGGAUGGAAACUCAUCAUACACGCCGUUUCCCACAAGAAUCGCUGAUUACUGAGCGCAAUGGAAAAGUCUGUUUAUUACUCUGUGUUCAAUGCAGAGUCGUUUUACGAUGCACUGUCAUAUGAGCACUCUAAGGGUGUUAAAGUCCAGACAAUUAAAGAUUCUAUUAAAGGCGCUAAAGAGUUUUUAGAAGGGAAAGGCCGAAAGGGGUCUUUUGAUGAUUAUCUUGAUUAG